AUGGCGCCACCAUGGGUUAUCUUCGACAACAUAGCUUGGUACGGCGGUGACUGCGCCAACGGAUCCGAGCCAGAUAUCGCAGGUGUAGGCGUUGUAAUAUCUUUCGUGCUAGCCAGCGCCAUGACGACCGCAGCCUCGAUCCUGGCGAUGAUCCUUGAUAAUGCAUACGACUCGAAAGGCCAAUUCACACUCCGAGCGCCGAUUACGUAUAUCAGGGAGAGAUUCCUUGAUACUGAGUGGAAGAAGGAUUAUGCGUGGCGACCGUUUUUGGACCCGCUGGUCAUCGGAUUUGGAGAUCAGCAACUGGUAACUAGCUACGCUCUGACGAUCAACUCACGGGUCGCCCAAAACUCCUUCGAAGUCCAAGGCGCCCACUUUGUGCUCAUCCUCUACAUUUGCGCGCUUUCCUCAUCAUCCCACCUUGCGGCCCUCAUUACCUUACGCAAAUACUUCCACAAAUACAAACUCAUCGCCAAAAUCCGCCUUACGCUCGUUAUUUUCUUCGCUAUCUGCCUUUUCGCCUCUAUGAUCGCUGCCAUCUGCAUGCCGCCCACCAUAAUCUCACACGAAGACACUGGGACCGAGGAACGGAGUCGGGUGCAGCGGCUUGCCUUCUUAGUUCCUAUGUUAUUCAUCCUCGUCGGCUUCUCAACAGCACUGGUAUGCAUCCUCUACGACCCUGACCGCAAAGGCCCCAUGUCUCGAAUCUCGGACUCAAGCGGCUCCAUGGCGCAAAUCAUGCGCCGCUUCACCGACCAAAAGCCACCUAUACCCACCCACUCGCCUCACAUUAUCACGCUCCCGGCGCACUUCGGUUUGCGACUGAUAUAUUUCCUCUUCCUCAACCCGCUUAUCGCUUUUACAGUGCAAAUCCUGCUUGCCAUUCUGUCGGCUAUCCUCGUUCUGACGCAGAAGUUUGCGCACCCGAGUGAUCAGAGAAGCUUCUGUGGACUGCAGGAUGAAGGGGAGAACGUGUGGGGUUUCGGUCAGACGCUGAGUGUGGCGAUGUUGUUGCUGCCGGUUUUGAGCGCGUGCCAUACGUAUCUUGAGGGGAGACAGGAUAUUCGGGACGGGUGA